UACGUCUGUACAUAUUCGAAGGUGGCAUGAAUUUACAAUAUGCUUCUGUUGUCAGUACUCGAAGAUUCACCGUACGAAGCAGCGACCGGCUUUCCUGCCAGAUAAAUUACAAACCCCAUAAACCAACGCGACCGUGUCGGGACACCACUUCUGCGCUUGCGUAGUAACUGCUGCCGGUGGAGGUGGGGCUAGUGGAAUCGGCGUUUCCUUUUUUCAAUUAAUCGUGCCAGAGGAAUACGGGAGGAUUUGUGGGCGCGUGCGUAAACUUUCUAGAUUGGUAUUCGGCGUCAUGCGGCGUCUGCUGUUGUCUCUUGGGAUUUUGCGACUUGUUACUCUGUUUCUGUUUACUGUUUGCUGGGAGAAUAGCUCAGCAGAUACACACUGGAAAAAAUUCCUUGUUCAGAUUGACAAGGCAGUGAAGAACUACAGGCCAUGCAUGAAAGAUAACUGUGACUGCUAUCAAAGAGUUAGGGAACAAGACUUGGCUCCUUUUCGAGAGGGAAUCUCUGAAGAGUUGCUGUCAGAAGCAGUCAGUCGAAAGCUUGGGACACACUACCAGAUCAUUGAGAAGAGGUUGUACCGUGAGCAUGAUUGCAUGUUCCCUGCAAGAUGUAGUGGGGUUGAGCAUUUCAUCCUGGAAAUUAUUCAGAACCUUCCAGAUAUGGAGAUGGUCAUCAAUGUGCGAGACUACCCCCAGGUGCCCAAAUUUAUGAAACCAAGAGUCCCUGUUUUAUCUUUCAGCAAGACUUCAGAAUACUAUGAUAUUAUGUACCCUGCCUGGACAUUUUGGGAAGGGGGACCAGCUGUUUGGCCAAUUUAUCCUACUGGCCUUGGGCGUUGGGAUCUAAUGAGAGAAAGCCUCCAAAGUUCGGCAGAAAAAUGGCCGUGGAAGAAGAAAAUUUCAAAAGCCUAUUUUCGAGGAUCCAGGACAAGUUCAGAGCGGGAUCCCCUCAUUCUUCUUUCCCGAGAGAAUCCAAAUCUUGUUGAUGCAGAGUACACUAAGAACCAAGCUUGGAAAUCUGAAAAAGAUACUCUUGGGAGACCACCUGCAACAGAAGUUCCACUGGUAGACCAUUGUAAAUUCAAAUACCUCUUCAAUUUUCGAGGUGUGGCAGCCAGUUUCCGCUUCAAGCACCUUUUCCUGUGUGGUUCUUUGGUCUUUCAUGUUGGAGAAGACUGGCAAGAAUUCUUCUACCCACAACUGAAACCUUGGGUUCACUAUAUCCCAGUUCAGUCUGAUCUUUCUAAUGUGAGAGAGCUAUUGGAAUUUGCAAGAGAAAAUGAUGACGUUGCUCAGAGAAUUUCUGAGAGGGGUCGCCAGUUCAUCAUGGACCACUUGCAAAUGGAGGAUAUCACUUGUUAUUGGGAACAACUUCUAACUGCGUAUUCUAAAGCCUUGACUUAUAAAGUGAAACGGAAGAGCAACUAUAGUGAGAUACCAUCCAGACCUUUGAAAACAGAGCUGUAAAAAGCCACACUUCCAGUCAGGGCUUGUGGACAUUUUGAAAUCAGAAAAGUAGGAUUGUUCCUCCAACUAAUGGAAGUUCUCUCUGUUUGUUGAUAAACUAAAGAGAAAAGCAUAUUGUUGCUACUUACUAUA